GCACCACUCACGCAGCAUACCAGCACAUCCUCGCAUAUAUACUGGCACAUACACGCACAUCUACAAUGGCAGCCAAAGCGGGUGGCUACCUGCAGUUCUUGCAGUCGCCCAGCACCGGAGUAUUGGCCAGCGACGCGAGUCUGAGCUACAUCACCACGACGACCCAGAUCCACGAGCCGACGGCCAUUCUGAAGCAUUUCGCUGCGCAAGGCAAACAAGUCGUCAAGAAAGAUGAGAAGGUUCUCCACAUCAUCGAAGGCGACAAUGGCUGCUGCAUCGAGACCGAGACUACGCUCCAGUUCCGCAUGGGCGGCGGCGCCUUCUUGCCAAACAUGGAUUCGAACAUGCUCGACGACCGCGAGGUGACAUUGCCCCUCACGCAUGUGGUGACGUGGGAUGGUCAAGGCAAGAUUCAACAGAUCCGCCAAUACUGGGACCAAGGCACACUGCUCAAGCAGGUCGAAGCCAUUGGCAAGACAGGCCGCAAUUGGCCCAUUCGAGAAGGCAAGGAGCAGAUCAAGGCAAUCGCGAACAGCGUCAAGGGUGGUUCCUCCUCCUCAGAUGGUAGCACGACCCAGGCAGCUGCCAAUGGUCGCCGUCCCCAAGAUGUAGUCAUCAGUGGUCACCAGAAACGCGACAGCGUCUCGGUCACUCGCGAUCCUCACGCGAGCUUGUCUCUCUUUGCAGAACGCGAUCCGAAUGAGGGAGGUAGUACAUACAGUGGACCAAAGUACGCAGCGUCCAAAUCUGCAAAGCCAGCUCCACGAGAUCUUGGGGAGCUGUUCACCAAUGAGGAGCCGAUUGCUGAGUCCCGGAGCCAGUCGCCGCACAAGCUCAAGGCUGGUGCAGGCCAGGGAUUCAAGGAGAACCGCCUAUUCGACACUAAGGAAGAUCUAGAGCCCCCACGGUCGCCCGAGCGCAAGAAGACUUACACACAGAAAUACGACCACUUUGCCUUUGGUGAUGGGGAGGAUGCGCCACAAGGCAAGUCGAUUCGUCCCGGGAAGACCGGCGGGACGGGUGCACAAGACAAGUCCUCGGCCACCUUCAGCUUCGAAGACUUUGCGACUCCACCGAAGCACGUCCAGAAGGACAAGCCCGACUAUGAACGUCAUUGGGGCGCGGGUGUUGACGAGGAAGAACCAGAAUCUCCACCCAAGCGUCCAGUUGUGCACCAGCCACGCAAGGAUGCCGACAUGCAUUGGGAACUCAACGACGACUCUCCGGCUCCCACCAAAGCCAAGUCUUACCAGCGACAGAAAGGGUUGGGUCUGUAUGGUGAUCCUCUGCACGAAGACGAUCGUGUCAAGAAGGCUCCUCAAAAGCCCAAUGUCAACAACGCACGUCGUGGUGACGACUUCCAAGCUCACUACAGUCUGACUGAUAACUCCCCCGCUGGCGACAAGAAGAUCUACAAGACUGCUGGAGAUGGUAUGGGUUCGCGAUCCGGCGGACGUGCAUGGGGCAUUGGCGACGAGAGUGACCCUGAGAUCGAUGCUGACGUGCGUCCUAGUGCCCGCAGCAGAGGAGGGCGUGGUGCACAAGCGCGAACGGGAGCCGAGCUGGACUUUUGAAGAUGUGCUUGACAAAUCAGUGGCUGGCGAAGCAAUGACUCCCAACAAACGAGCUUGUAUGGCGACUCCCGACAAACAAUAAAUGAUCGUCACCCCGACAAGGUCCGUUUGCAGGCCACUUUUGACGACCACUUAACUUUGACUAUGCGCGAUAUGUGAAGCAGCAAGACGGGAGGUGAUGUCGGACACUUUGUAGCGUCAUCUAUCAGUUGCAGUGCACGAGAGAUGGAUGAAUGGAUGGAUGGAUUGAUGGAUUGAUACCCACUACAUGCUAUCACGAAUGGGACUGGCUACUAGUGCACGUGUAUUUUGAGCGCCGUUUUUUCUUUUGACAUGCACAUGCCUUUUUCGACAUGUUUCGGUAUUGAACGAUGUUCUUUCCAUACUACCUACUUGCGAAUUUCAAGUU